AUGUCACCGCCGAAGACCGCCGGCGACGGCAUGCAAGACCUCAGGAACCACUUCGCACUGAGCGGACUGGUUCACAUCCGCAAGGCAACGGUUGCGAGGCCAGGGAAUGCUCAGGCUGUGCCAACCGUGCCGUAUUGGCUACCCAUUGUUGGCCAUUUGCCCAACAUGGCCUUCGACGCUGACGGCUUCCUUAAGGGUCUUCGGAGCAAAUACUCCGGAGGCAUAUUCGCUCUCAAUUUCGGUGGCGCGACCCACAAUGUCAUGUACACGCCAGGUCUUGCCACAGCGCUGCUUCACCAGAAACCCAAUAUUGCUGGCUCGGAAGAGACUUCGAAGCAGCUCAUGGUCAGAGUCUUCGGCUACCCGAGUAAUGAGCUUCACAAGUACGAAGCAAUAUGUCCCGACUUGAUUGCCUGUUAUAACCACCUACUCACGGAACCGAGCCUUGGUAGUAUGGUUGCGCAGACGGCGAUACGGCUGAAGGCCAGUCUGAAAGACCUUGUCACCGGAAACAGCAGCCCUGUCGACCAGAUGGAAUGGGAGAAAUCCUGCAAUGUCGACGUGACCGCCAAUGCCAAGGGUCAGCCGGUAGUGGAGGCAAGCCUGCUGCCUCUGAUCAGAAACUUCGUUGCUCACGUCGCGAAUCCAGCGCUGAUCGGCUCGGACUUUCUCAGCAACUAUCCCGAUUUCAUGGACGACCUUUGGGCUUUUGAUCGAGGCUUCCUGUACCUAGUUGUAGGCUUACCGCGUUGGUUACCUAUACCGUCAAUCACUCGGUCGUAUAUUGCUCGGAAGCGCAAUCUGGAAAAACUGGAGGUAUUCCACACAAUGAUGGAGCGAGUGGCCGAAAGCAAGAAGGUUGAGCCUAAGUGGUCCGGUCUCGAUGACGUUGGUCCGCUUGUCAAGGCUCGUAUGGACGUGUAUCGUUCUCACCGGUUGAGCAUUCGCGCUCGAGCGGCCUUCGAGCAUGCGCUUUUGUGGGCUGCGAACGCUAAUUCAGACGUACUUAUCUUCUGGAUGCUGACGCGCAUCUAUGCCGACAAGCUGCUACUUGCACAAGUUAGAGAAGAGAUCGAGCCGUACUGCAAGGCGGUACAGCGAACCUCCGAGCUACCGAUUGGGGACGCACCGCAACUUGACUUGCUAGACGUAGAUGGCUUGUGCAGUAAUUGCCCGCUCUUGAAAAGCUGUUACCUGGAGUGUUUGCGCCUCGAUACGGCCUCCUGGAGCUUGAAAGUCGUUCAAGAAGACUUCGUCCUGCAGUCACGGGAAAAGGAUGCUCAAUCGUGGCUGCUCAGGAAAGGAGAGUUUGCACACGCGGCGCAUAACUUGCAUAACACUGAUCCGGCCUACUUCGACGAGCCUAUGACAUGGAGAGCCGAUAGGCACGUUCAGUACGAGGACGGGAGUAAGCGUGGUGUCGCUGAGAUGGGAUCUGUUCGUCCAUACGGCGGAGGAUCCAGCAUGUGCAAAGGGCGUUCGUUCGCUUUCAAGGAAUGCAUGAUGUUCACUGCAGCGAUUGUCGCCAUGUGGGAUAUGGAUCCUGCUGGCGGUGGCGCAUGGAACAUUCCACGGCACAAGAAAGCGACAGGAGUCUAUGCGACUAGUGAUGAAACUCGGGUGUGCAUCAAGCAAAGAUGCCUCGAACACUGA